AUGAGCGACACGUGUGUGACUGACAAUUUACACCCUACACAAAGACUGCAGUCUGACGCCGACACACUUGAACCUUCCGGUCAGACUUCGGCUGAGUUUGGGGAUAUUGACAAUUCCCAAAAUUCGAUAGAUGGAAUGGGCGCGAUCAAAUUCACAGAUGAAAAAGAUUGUGGGUUCUUUGGGCCUUCGUCUAAUAUCUCUUUUUUGCAAUACAUUUCCCAAGCGGUGGCAACAGUAAAUUCUCAGGGCAGAUCCAUCUUUGCUACAUCUCCAUUAGAACAAAGGCGACGGGGCAUAGUGAAUGUUUCUAAGCCUGUGUUUUGUCCUGCCGGUUCUACUGACUUGGAAUUAACCACCUUUAUUCCAGGACGAGUGGACAUGUAUGCAUUGCCAUCGGAGGAACGCACUUGGGAUUUGAUCCAGCAAUUUUUCCAGAAAACGGGGCAGCUUCUGCCAUUCAUCCACGAAAGCUCAUUCUGUGAGACAUAUCGUCAGAUGAAGAGAGAAAAUUCCAAAGGAGUUCGCAGGACCUGGCUCGGCUUGCUCAACAUCAUACUCGCUAUCUCAACGAGUUUGUCGGCGAAGGAUAAUAUCCCGGCGGAAAUCCGCAUACAACAAUCCGACAUCUACUACCAAAGGGCCAAUAGCCUUUGCGACAGAGAAUCUAGACGCAAUGCAAGCCUGGAGAUGGUGCAAUACCUGCUUAUUCUAGGCCAGUAUCUCCAAGGAACUCAGAAAUCUGUUCAAGCAUGGACGACACAUGGUUUGGCCAUCUCUGUUGCGUACCAGCUCGGGUUGCACUCGCCACAUGCAAACCAAGGAUUCUCUUCUUUGGAGUGUGAGAUUCGCAAACGAACUUGGUUUGGUUGUAUACUUCUUGAUCGUUCCCUUAGUAUGACUUUUGGACGUCCUUGCACUAUUCCGGAGUCAUACGUCAAAUUGAAAAUGCCUUCUGCUGACAUGCAGAUACUGACUUCGACCAUCGAGGCGAGAAAUUCCUCUCAGUUGGACGGUCUUUUCUUCACAGCCGCCAUACAGUUAUACAGCAUUAUGUUCAGCGUCUUGGAUUCUUGUUAUGGCCAGAACCUUGGGUUUGAGGCUCCUUUCAACGCUGCCGAGUCAACCUCGUGUCUCCUGAAAUGCCAACUUCAGUUGAACAGCUGGCGUCUUCAAUUGCUGCCAUCAUUAGGAUUCCAAGUUUGGGACGGUCCGAUGGAAGCGGAUGACGUGGAGAAGAUGGGGGAAGACUCUAUACUGAAACACCGAUUCAACAUCGUUCUCUCUAUGCGCUACAACAACCUCAAAAUACUGCUUCAUCGUCGCCGUCUAGAAAGUUUUAUGGAAACCUCCCCAGCUGCUGAACCUAUAACAAGUCAGGACAUGAAACUACUUGGCCAGAUGGAUCUCGGCAGUGUUGAAAGCUGCAUUUAG